AUGGGCAUGGAAAACGGUUUCCCUCCCGAAGCUCUCCGGAAACGACAUUUUUACUCGCCGAUUACCCUCCGACAAUUUGAAGAAGAUGGCAUCGAUACGACCGGAUUUCAACGCGCUGCCGAUCAUAUUGACAAUCCUGAUCUCGGAAGAGGAAUCAGCGCGAUCUUUGGGCAGUGGGAAAACAUCGACGAGAAUGGACAAAAUAUCAUUCCUUUUGGCUUUUCCAACUCUUGGUCAGAAAGCGAGAAGGAUAAGAUAGCGGAUGGAGCGUUGAAGAUGAAUCCGGACUUGGGUUGUUUAGAAAUGCGCCGAGAAGAUACUUCAUGGACAAACGGGAUCAUUUUCGUCAAGGCAUCUGAAAUCGGUCAGUCGGGUUGUUUCUCCGCUCUUGGCGUGGCGCAAGGAUUCUACAACGAUGGCGGAUUCGGAUAUCCAAGCACAUGGCAGGCUAUCGCUCUCUCUGAGGGUUGCGCUGGAACAUCACAAAGGACCGUACAGCACGAGAUCUUGCACGCUUUGGGUGUCCAUCACGAGCACAAUCGCCCCGAUCGCGAUGAUUACUUGAAUGUGGACGUUUCUGCCGCCAGUUCGCCGCACAACUUCCGCAAAAUCGCUCGAGAUACUUGGAUCGAAACUGGUCAUGAAAUCGACAUAUCUUCAGUCAUGACAUACUGUUCUUACUGUGGAUCAAUUUCGUCUGAUUAUCCAGUAAUGACAACGAAAACCGGCGUCACUUUUUCCAGUGGUGUCAGAAUGACGACAACAGAUGCAAUUCAAGUGAGCAGUAAAUACUGCGCUGCUCCGCUUGAAAAAGAAACCGUCUCAUGUUCCUCCUCGGAUAUUCUUGGAAAGACGCACUCGGUGUUCACUGACCGCUUGUGUGAUAAUUUCCGCGAUUGCCCGAACGGAGAAGAUGAAAAUGGAGAACUCAGCCCGUGCGAAGCUGUCGGGGGACAACUUCGAUGGGCUGUUGCAAAACGAUGUUCUUCAAUGAACAAGAGUGCGUUUAUGACUCAGAAUUCCGCGUCGAUCUAUUUUGUCAUGGAAACGGGCUCCUGGUAUGUCGGCGAAGGACCCCAACCUGAAGACAUUUCUGACGGUUGGCGAUAUUUUGACGAUAUUAAGGGAGACAUCGAGGGAGGAGAUUGGUGCCCGCCUCAAACAGUUUGGAAUAGAGGAAAUGCCGUGGCAUGUAAGGUCAAACCAGUCACGACUGAUUUCUGCGCGGAUGAAGUCUGCGCUGGCAAUUUAGUCUGUGUGAACAGACUUGAUCAGGGAGAGUGCAUUUGUAAAUCUCCAAAUUUCAUGAAGGAUGGCUUCUGCACGAUCCCAGAAAACGAGUGCGAGUCGAAUUCUCACAAUUGCACAGAAGACGAGAUCUGUAAGGAUCUUCAAGACGGCUACGAGUGCCAACCGAAUCCCUCAGUUGGCGAUGAUGAUUGCUGCCGAACUGUUGUGAUGGAGACGAAUUUGAACAAUGUCAUUGCUUGCGAGUUUGAAUCUUGGGUGAACGAUGCGAUGGCCUACACAUGUACUCAGCGGCACGUUGGGGGAUAUUAUUUUCCGGAGGAGAUGUCGCUUGUUUACUUUCAGCAUUUGAGCAACUAUUAUCUUCUUGAGGGAACGAUUCAACAUAACAAAUACGCAGAGACAAUUUAUUGGCUUGACAAAUUGAACGUCAAGAGCUUCAGAGAAUGCCCAGCUCUUGGAUCUCCGAAUGAAAAAGGCUACAACUGGAUGUACGACAACAUAUACACUUGCGAAAAAGUCUACGAGCCACACAUGGGAGCCUGGAGCGAGUGGAGUUCGUGCAGCAACGAUGAAAGCGAGGAUGUGGAUCUUGAUGAAUGCGGAGAAGUCGGAACUCAAAUUCGAAAACGAUCAUGUGACCACUGGGAUCCGGAUCAAUGCGAUGGCGCGGAAAGCACAUACGAGCAACAGGAAUGCGGCUCAUAUUGCAGCUGGUCUGAGUGGGGAGAAUGGUCAACUUGUGAUGCAGAGUGUGGGUCUGAAGGCAAAAUUUCAAGAAAACGAGAAUGCCCGGGAGAUGCAUGCGAUGAAACGGAAGAAGAUGAAGAGGAAGAAGAAAAGGAGUGCUCCGGAUCAUGCCCAUCUUAUGACUACUCUUGCUCGGACAUCAAAGUCGUCCAAAUCCCCGAAUACUGCUCUGACCCUUCUACGAACAACUUUGUUUCUUUCUACAGCGCAAUCGCGGAUUCUGACCAUUCGCAAUUUUCCCCAGAAUUGGGGCUCUAUAAUUUUGUCCAAUUUCGAGAUGGAUACUUUGCUCAGUUCAAACACGCGGUUCUGAUGCAUUUCACGGGAGACGAGAUGGAAGAUGGGCUCUUUCAUUGCAAAAAUUUCCUUGAUGAAUUCAUGGAUUUUGAUAAAUUACGAUCAGAGGAUUAUGAGAAGCCGGAGAAAUUCGAACUUCUUGCGUUGUGUUCGGAAUCUCCUGAGGCAGACUCUGAAUGGGAAGAGUGGAGUGACUCCGAGAAAGAAUGCGUCAACGGCAAACAAAUUCGCUUUCGAAAAUGCCCUGGAAAAGUCUGCACUGGAAAAGCAUUCGAGCUACUUGACUGCGAAGAAACAACAACUGACUCCGCAACGACGACAACGAUGACAACCACAACAAUGAUUUCAAGUCCAGAGGGCUGUCUCGUCAGCAAUUUUCCUAAAGGACUCAAGCCGAAAAAAGAAGAAGAUGUCACUUUCAAUCAACAAGGAGAAGAGAUCAUUCUUCCAGAAAAACGACUCGUUGUCAUUUGCGGUGACGGUUUUCUUUCACACAUCAAUUCCAACUACGCGAAGGCUUCUUGCAGCUGCGAUUCCGACAAAUGCGUCCUGAAUGAUUUCUCAAGAGAAUUAAAAUGCGUGAGCUUCAAAGACGCUCAAAUGCCGAUCUGGUCACCGAUUCAAGCGCACAAAAUCGUAAAAUUGUAUUCAUCCGAAAAUGAAAAUUUUGCUGUUCAUAAACUCAAGCUCAAACCGUGGUAUAACGAUAAAUACUAUGGAGACAUGGUCAUCACGAAAAACAGCUGGAGAGUUGAGCAGUUCACCCUCCUCGUCGCUUGCCCUUUUGAAACCUCUUCUCCUUCAAUGCUGGAAUUGCUCAAAACGGAUGAGAUCGCCCUUCCGCUAUCAGAAUCAGCAGCUUCCGAGUACGGAAAGAUCUACACAUUCGUUUCUCGCCCCGGUUUCAAGCUCUUGUCCAAGCAGGGCCGCGCCGCUAGCAUCGCCUUUGGUUACGAUCCUAGUACCCUUCCCGCUGCUGCCGACUGGUCAAACAAGAAAAAACCCGGGGUGGUUUGCUCCGUCGCUCCUCUGCCCGGAGCAUAUCCGAAUCUUGGAUCGGAUCUCUAUAAAUACUUUGGACUCAAUAUCAACCUGUUCAUGAAAAGUGAUAAGGAUCUGUGGGCGUCUGAAGAAGCCUAA